AUGUUUACUAUCACUUCCAACGUACUCCCAAAGGUCGCAUCACCACCACCACGAACAAUCAGAGCAACGAUGGAUUCUGCUAAUUUGAAUUCCGAUAGCUACCAGAACGUGUUGAUGAUGCGUCACGGUGAUCGCAUUGACAAAAUCGACCCACUCUGGCUCGACACAGCCGCGAGACCUUGGGAUCCUCCUCUCGUCCAGGACGGUAUGGUUCGGGCGUUUCGAACUGGUCAACGGAUUCGAUCUCAGAUCCAGUUUCCGAUCCACCGCGUCUUCGUCUCCCCUUUCAUCCGCUGCGUCCAGACCGCUUCCGAAGUCAUCGCCGCUCUCUCCGCCGUCGAUUUCGACCCUAACGCCAAGUCGUCGAAAGACGUCCUUUCCAUCGACAAGUCAAAGCUCAAGGUGUCUAUUGAAUUUGGGUUGAGCGAGAUGCUGAACACAAUAUCUAUUCCGCGUGAGAUUGCUCCCAAAGAUGGGAAAUUCGAUUUCAUGAUCACAGAUCUUGAAGCUUUGUUUCCUGAUGGAAUGGUGGAUCAUAAUGUGGAUCCUGUUUACAAAGAGAUGCCACAAUGGGAAGAGACUGUUGAAGGAUGCACAGAAAGAUUUCUUAAUCUGGUGAAGACUCUAGCUGAUAAGUAUCCUUCAGAGAACUUGCUCUUAGUCACUCACGGGGAAGGAGUAAGGACUACAUUUGCGACCAUUAAAGACGUAGAUGUGUACGACGUAGGUUACUGUGCUUGUGCUGAGCUGAGAAGACAGGUCUCGAGUAAAGAUGGGUCGACUAAAGCUGGAGACUUUGAGGUGAUUACAAGUCUUGGUCAAGCUGGAAUCAAGUACCAUCCUUGA